UCCACAGUGGGCUCCGGGUCCCCAGCAGGACGACCACGAAGACGACCGAGUACAGAGUAACUUCAUCUCCGAGCUGCAGCAUUGCUGUCGCCCUCCGUCUACCCCUUGUCAAAAGGCAGAAAGAAGCACCGACAGCACCUGGUAGCGAAGGCGGCGCCGCCUGUCAGGCUAACGUUACCGUUAGCUAACGUUAGCUACCCGUCCUGCUAAGUUUACUUUCUUCAAACGCCGUAACUCAGAUAAGGUCAUGUUCCGCCUAGCCAAGUGAUAACAUACCGAAACCGCUAACUGGAACACUUUGGACAGGAAGAAAACCUGCAACUGGUCUGACAUUUAACACGAGAAACAAGAGGAACUAUACACAUUCCUCAGUUGCGCUCUGCGGCGGAUGUGACAGCUCUGCACCAAAUUGUCGUUUCCGCUGCCGAAAUGCAUUUAUAGCCAAAUUUACAGGUUUUGUUCCAGGAGAGAUUUUUAAUAAAAAGUCAAUUAGAUAUUAUCAAGUAAUAAUGUAUAACUUUCCCGCAAGGGGGCAGACGAGCUAACAAAACAUAAUAAAAAAAACAGUUACCGAGUACAUCCGGGUCAAAGUUUGUGUACUUCAUGUUAGCUAACCUCCUGAAGUGUUGCCUUGAUGUGUCUCAAUUCUAAAAAGGAGAUUCGUGUUUCUAUGUUUUCCUUCUUCUGUUUCCGAUCAUGAUCAGGUCAGUGGUUCUGCGCAGGUUAACCUCCCACACCCUGUCCUUUACCAGAGGAUCAUGUCUGCUCACAGGUCGGAUACCUUAUGGGGUGCAGCCUCAUUCACCAAGUCGCACGCCCACCCAGCAGAGCUCCCAUGGACCCUUUACACCCAAAAUCUCAGCCCUGGUCAGGUACUCCGACUUGUCAACAGAGAAGUACACGAUGAUUUACACCCUUCAGCACAUUAAGCUCCUCAGAGCCGUGUCCAGGCUCAAACUGCUUCAAACUGCGAUCACGGUGGUCAUCUUGCCCCCAGUGUUCUUCUUUUACCUUCAGGGAGACGUCCCCUUCUUUCUUGUCAGCUACACAACGGGGAUAGCGCUGUUCGCUGGUGUCAUGCUGUACACUGCCAGUCACUUCUUCAGGAGGGUUGUGGGCAUGAUGUACCUGAACCCAUCUCAGACCACACUCAAAGUAUCCCACCUCACCUUCUGGGGUAGGCGCCAGGACAUCUACCUGCCUGUGUCAGAUGUUAUGACCAUCGGGGAUACAGGGGACCCCGCAAAAGAGACAAUAUUGAAACUGAAGAGAUACAGCAGUCCUCAGACAUUUUAUUUCUCCACACAUUUUGGAAGAGUGGUGGACAAACAGGGUUUUCAGAAGGUGUUUGGAACUUUGGAAUAAUGUUCAAAAUAUAGCUUGUUAUGGUGAGAAGGGUUGGUUCUCCAUUAAAGUUAAAGAUUAUACAGUGGAAGACUGUCGCUGGUUUAAAUUGUGAUAUGUUAGCACUUAUCAGUCUGAUGUAUCCACAGUGAAUGACUAGCCAAUGAGGAAUUUAAAGGAAGGGUGCGUACUUGCAGACCUCAGCUGGACUGUGACUUUUAGAAUGGAACAACAUGUGAAGUGUGGAUGUUGGCCGUAAUAUGUUAAGAGCACUCAGAAGACUUUUGUCUGGUGACCAGUGACUUCAUUUGUGAAGCAGAAAAACAGUAAAAUAA